GAUAACCCUUGUAGCAAUUUUAGGUUGCAGAAUCCAAAAUAACUUCUGUCAGAAUCACUUUUCCCAUUCCUUGUUCUUGUGAUGUUUUGUUUGCAUACUUUGUGUACUUGCAUGUUCUUAGUCUGCAGAAGAAGAUAAGCAACACUGAAUGAUUGAUAGUGGGAGAAAGCAUUUUCCUGUCUUUCCAUUGUUUAAAGAACUUGGACCCACAAAUUUCUAUCUCUGGUUGUUGCCUGAGAAUCACAUAAAUAGAAUAGCUCUACUAAUUCAAAUCUUCGAUAUAUAUACCUAAGCACUUGUUUUGCAAUAAUUAUAACACCAUGGAUUCCAAUGCUUCAAGCUUUAUUGUUAAUCCUUCAACUCUCCCAUCAGUUUACUAUCAAGCUAAUAAGCAAGAUGAUGGAGUAAUUGAUCUCGGUCUUAGCCUGAGAACUCUGCAACCUGAAGCUUAUAACCAUCAAUCUGGGCAUUUGGUAAGCUUAGAGGGAUAUGAUGAUCUUAUAGAUUGGCCCCAGCCUGAUCUGAACUUGAAAAGUUCAGAGAUAAUUCAACAAAGAAAUUAUGUACCAGAUGACUGUGAUGAAGAAGGUGAGGGAGUCCAAAGCAAAGAGAGGUGGGCUUAUGUGAAGGUUAACAUGGAUGGGAUUAUUGUGGGUAGAAAAGUUUGUAUACUUGAUCAUGGUGGUUACUCCAGUCUAGCUCUCCAACUUGAAGAGAUGUUUGGUAGGCAAUCCUUAUCUGGGUUACGGUUGUUCCAAGCUGGGUCUGAAUUCUCAUUGUUCUACAAGGACAGAGAUGAAAAUUGGAGGAUUGUUGGUGAUGUUCCAUGGAAGUAGGUUCAUUGACUAAUCAAUAGCUACAACUUUUAUGAAUUGGAAAUUUGUAGAAUGUGUUCGACGGCUGAGGAUUGCAACAAAGAAUGGAGCUCAUCUUCCCUGAUCGUUAUAAAUUCUUCAGAAUUUAUAGAAGCAAAUAUGAUUUAACAUUUCUUCUCUCUCUCUCUCUCUCUCUCUGAUAUGUUCUUGUGGUCUCUGACUUUUUAAGUUGAAUUUAAAUUUCACAUCCCUUCGCUAGAAAAUGAUGACAGUUUGAACUAAUAGAAUGGCUUAUGAUCAUAUCUUUUGGGAAAGUUGUAUUGAAUAUGUGCUAAUGAGUCUCCAUGUAAUAUCUUUUUCAUCUACUAGAUUGAUAUAUAUUAAGCACUCCAAGAGUGAUUCAGAUUGUUCUUUUCAA